AUGAAAUCACGCGUGCAUCAAAAAGACAUCAAAGUAACAUUAAACGAUGUCUUAUAUGUACCUACAGCAAUAAAUAAUCUAUUUUCUUUAACGAGGGUAGAUGAAAAAGGUGGACGUGCAAUCAUAGGAAACGGUCAGAUCACAGUAUUAGACAAAGACCGACAAAUACUUGCAUGUGGCAAGUGCAUCAAAAGAUUAUUAUUAUUAGAUGCGCAAACCAUCCAUCAAACUACCGAAAGUAGUAAUACCGUUAAAGAAGACGAUGUAGAUAAUUGGGAAAUGUGGCAU